AUGUCUUCAUCGCAAGCUACCGCGGGAUCAACCCUCAAGCUCAGAGAGUCCGAGGCGCCUAACACGCCAGCCCAACCUGAACCGCAAAAACCCCUGACCCUCGAAGGGAUAGAGGUCGCGUUACUCGAGCUAACCCUCGAAUCCGCCUGGUGCCAGCGCCUCGCCUCCAUCGCCAAAGCCAGCACCCGCCGCCAAAAUGGACACGGCGCUCAUCGCCUCGCAUGGUGCCCGCUCCCGCGCCGCCCGCAAGCUGUGCCAGGGCCGCGUUCUCCUCCUGCAGUACGGAAUGGUGGUACGUCCUCUCCCCCCUAUCCCCUCUCUUCUCCGUCCCCUAAUCUCACCCUCGCCCUUCCCCCUCCUCCACUUCCCUCUCCACUCCUUCGAUUCGCUCUAUCCAAGGGCUUUGGAGAAACGAGAUAA